CUUGUCCACCUGAACUGUCCCCUAGUGUUUGUGUUUUUCGCUCAUUGCUACCACCGCGGCAUUCAUCACUACGAAGAAGAAGAAGAAGAAGAAGAAGAAGAAAACAAACACAUGGAUAGCGACAUCGACGAAUCCCUUCGAAAGAGGCCUCGAAAAUAUCCAUUCUCUACCAAUUCCUCUUCUCGCAAGAGUUUUAUGCAAGAUGAUGAUAAUCGACUGGAGAUUACUAAGGCUAAAUUUGGAAGCUUGCUUAAAAGACACGGAGAUUUGACAGAGCGUCUUUCUAGGGAUUCUGACAAGAUAAUAUUUGAACGCUUACAGAAAGAAUUUGAAGCUGCAAGAGCUUCUCAAACUGAAGAGAUAUGUUUGGACAAGGAACAGUGGAAUGAUGGUCUACUAGCUACAAUAAGAGAGCGGGUGCAUAUGGAGGCAGACAGAAAAGCAAUGUCUGGGGAUGCUAACCUUUUGCCUUCUCCUCAGGAAAAGAUUACUUACAAAAUUGGAAACAAGGUAAUUUGCUGUUUGGAAGGGGCAAGAAUUGGCAUACAGUAUGAGACAUCUUUUGCUGGUGAAGCUUGUGAGUUGUACCAUUGUGUAUUAGAGAGCAAGUCAUUUCUUGAAAAAAUGACUGUCCUUGAACACACAGUUCCAUUUUUCUUGCCAAUACGAGAAAUAGAAAAUGAUCUCCUUUCAUCCAACGCAAUGAAAUUCAUAGAUCACAUUGGAGAGCUUCUGCAGGCAUAUGUGGAUAGACGGGAACAGGUUAGACUUAUAAAGGAAAUUUAUGGAAAUCAAAUUAGGGAGCUGUAUCAUAGUCUUCCUUAUCACAUGGUUGAAUUUGUGCGGGUUGAUUUUGAUUGCAAGAUAACAGUCAGUCUUCGAUAUGCGGAUCUCACUUCACUUCUUCCAACUCGAAUCUCGGUGUUAGCUUGGCCAAUGUUCAAGAAAAACUCUGCUAGUUCUGCAUCACUGAACAGGAAGGAAGAUGGAGUCUCAGGAACUCAAGCUCCUCCAAUUCGGCUAACCUACGCAGAAGAUGCCUUACGAAGCAUGAGUUUACCAGAAGCAUAUGCAGAAAUUGUAUUAAAUCUACCUCAAGAGCUUCAACAGGUGAAUCAGCAAAGAGGCCUCACCUAGGGCUUUGGCUUUUCUGCAUUCCAGAUUUAUCUGUACAAAUUCUUAGUAGAGUAUGUUACGAUAUGUUAGAAAAACAACCGAGAAAUUUUUACCCACCAUUUGUAUUUUGUCCCCUCAUUGUUCCAUGAAUACUGGUGUCUUGUAUCAUUAGUACCACUAGACAGUCAAAACUUAGUUAUAGUUCAUCUUUCCUUCACAAUUGAACUCUUAUGUAUGCAAUUUAGUUUCAUUUAAUUAGUUCUCAAUCAUUACAGUCCAAUACAUUAGGAAUUCAGGAGUAAUACACGAGCUCAGGUAUUGGCACACGUGUUACACGUAUGGUUGCAGGAAUUGUGAUUAAACUCUAUCAAAUAUUUAAGAGUAUAAACAAUUAACUUGACUUUU